CUGUAUUUUAAUAUGUUUUCCUUUUCUUUCCCCUCUGUGUAGAUAUGGCUGCUGCAAACUAUCUGCCAUCUGAAGAUCAGUUUCUGUGCUCCAUCUGUCUGGAUGUGUUCACUGAUCCUGUCACCACAUCAUGUGGACACAACUUCUGCAAAACCUGCAUCACUGAACACUGGGAUACUAAUGACCAGUACCUGUGUCCGCUGUGCAAGGAGGGUUUUACUUCAAGACCUGAUUUGAAAAUAAACACUUUGCUUUCUGAGAUGGCUGCUCAGUUCAGACAGUCAGCUCAACAGAAAGCCAGCAGCAGCAGCUCAGAGCAACAAGUGUCCAAACCAGGAGAAGUUCCCUGUGACGUCUGCACUGGAACCAAACUGAAGGCCCGGAAGUCCUGCCUGGUGUGUCUGGUCUCCUACUGUGAGACUCACCUGGAGCCUCAUCUGACCAUGUCAGGUCUGAAAGACAUCAGCUGAUUGC